CAGCAGCAGCAUCUUCUCAGCCAACAUUCCCUUCAGCUGUUCCUCGAAUUCACAUUCUCUACGCCGCUGUUAUGAGAAUUGCCAAAAUCCAGGCAAUAGGUCAUUUGGCGCACCGUGACCUCCUUCGGUCGCGUCUCUCAACACCGCCAACGCGUACUUGACAGAUCAUUGCACGGAAUCUCAGCCACCAUCAUGAUGAGUGGUUUUUAUCGCAAAUCUACAGCAACACGGCCCGGUUCCACUGAGCAAGAAAAUAGCACUUCCCGCCAACAUCCAGGCAUAUUUUCGAGACUGCCAGUUUCGUCGCUUCAUCACGGUCGAAAUGCCACCCCUCGCGAUGGAAACCAGGAUGAUCCGAUUGUUUUGAGCGAUUCAGACGAUGAAGAAUCCAGUCAGCAAGCCGGCUUGGUGGAUUUGACAUCUAAUACCGAACGUGAUCAUUCAUUCAACCCAUGGCGCCGGGCCAACGAUAAGCCACAAAAUUCUUCGUCUAGUCUGUCACAUUUUCAGCCUCCGUUCGCAACCAGGCACAGUCUACACACCAGAGACAGUAGGCAAACUGUCCUACCCAAAUCCCCAACUGUGGCUCAGUCCUAUACAGGAACAACACGCGUGGUAUCACGGCCGACUAGUUCGGCAGGAGGCCAGAUAAAUUCUCCCGGACGCAGAGACGUUCUAAAUUCACCUGCCCGAACACCGCAAACACAGGCCAGAGGUGGGGUUGAUGUGAGAACGACGAUGGCAGAAGGCGUGGUUUCUGGAAGAACUGCCCUCCAAGCUUUCUCGGCAACCCCGACAUAUCCUGACCUUACACAGCAAGGAUCUCUGGAGGAAAUAGGACGUGUGCCUAUCCGGUCGACAGCUACAAAUCCUCCACGCACUGUUAGAGCGGCUUUGGUGGACUCCGUCAGCCAACUACUACAGGAGCAACAGAAGCGUAGCAAUCCAAAUCUUUUCAGCAAAAACGUGUAUAGAUCGUCACGAAGUAAUCUUUCGGAGACGAUCAAUGAUACCUCAAUACGCGCGAAGACCCAUGUUGAACCUCCAGCUAGAGAUUCUCGUUCCGCCAAGCCUGACCUUCCACGUACACCUACCGACAACAAUACAAGUCCAUCGACAGUGGCCGUAGGCAGUUCUAUACGACCUUCGACUCACCAUGGACAUUAUGUCGAUGGCGCUCGGUCUGCACCUACCACUUGUGUCAAUUGCCACCAGGCGAACCAUCCAUGUGACGGAAUGACACCUUGCCGGCCUUGCGAAGAGAGUGGUAAGACCUGCUCAUAUACCACCACGGAGGCAUCUACCCUCCCAUUGGGUGAUUCCGAACACGAUGGUCUGUCAAACACAGGAGAGCAUUUGGAUUCGACACCCCGUAGAACCACGACGGACCAGGUAAAUCGCCCUACCGAAAUAAGCUUAGAACGUGCAGUAGAGGAAGCGACCCCGAGCAUUCAGCGACCGACCAGAGCACUGGAAGACCGACGAGCAAGAGUUGAUGCAACUACCAAUAUAAUGUCCGGUGAAGCAAUUGGGCUAGACAGCAGACCAGGCCAAGAGGAGACCACGCCUCUUCACCACAUGCCACAUCAGCCAGCCGACAAUCAACACAUUCAGAAGAAGGUCAUGACGGCAGCAUUGAUCGAGGAUGACAGUUUUGCAUCCGACGACUCAAAUGCAACCCAUUCAUCAGCUCGUAUUGAACCCAGAUCGGAGACAAUAAAAUCCAUUAUCGAAAAUCUGAGAAAAGACCUCCACGCUUGCCGAGAGAGAUCGGUCCAAGCUGAGCUGAGACAGGCUGCAGUUGACAUGAGAAAUCACAGCGGCCCGGUGAUCGACGUCAAUGCAGCUGACCCUUUUGCCGCUCUCACGGAGAAACGACGAUCUGAAUAUGCAGCAGAGUCAACAUCAUUAGCCAGACCUCAGAACAAGAAGUUGCAAUUAAUUCCAGCUAGUGAGGUGUCAUUCUGGACAGGUGGAACGACGUUGCCAAAGUACAAGGCGAUUGGGAGAGUUUCCUCGAGUUUCCUCUCGCCUGGAUUCUGGACAGCCAAAUAUCAUCCCUACGAUGCAGAGGAUGAGAUACAAGACCCAGAUAAGACGAAGAAAUACGAAGAGCGGUCUCUGAGAUUGCACAUCAAUUUUGAAAGCUUGGUGGCCCAGCGAAAUUGUCAGGAGUUAGUCUGGCUGUGGAAACCCUGGGCAGAGGAUCUCUUCUCGAUUCUCAAAAUACAGUACACUGAUGUGCUAUACUUCUUCAUGGCGGUACACUUUGACGCUGAGCGUCACAUGGAGACAGGCGAUGUUCCCAAGUUGAAAAAGGAGCAAAACAGCAAAUGCCGGACAUGUGGACUUGACCCUGAUAGAGGGUGGACGCACUUCAAAGAAACCUUCGACAGUCUACCAAAGCCUGACGAUGAAACGUUGGCGCUUGCUGGAACAGCAGCAUAUGCUUUCCAUGAAGCUACCGAGGUGAGCCUCUCGCAUAUAGCCUUGGGUGGACUUAUCCAGCCACGGUAUGAAGACCCGAGUGCGAAGCGCGAUAAGGAUCUCGGAUUUUGUGUGAUCUGCUUUCGCCAUCAAUGCCCCGACCAUGGUUCAUACGAAGAACCUGCUGAAGAUGUCUCUGGGGCUAGGGACCCUGACGAAGACAUCGUUCCCGCCGAAAAUAAGACGGCUUUCAUCAAUGAUGAGGAGCAAAGCCACAACAUCCGAAAAUUCAUGUCGCUUCCAAUGCGGGAGAGAAAUGGCCCUGACUCACACACAUGCGGGCUCUUUUGCGUCGACCAUUCGCGAACCCUGAGGCAGGUCCUCGGUAGGCAAGCGGACGGCACGGCUGGUGGAGACUUCCGUCCAGUUACACAGCGCCGGCAUAUUCUCGAUGAUGGAGAGCUCUGCGGUUCAGCUUGCUUCUGGGACACCGCCAACAGACGUAAUAUCAAGAUUGCGGAGCUCAAACUCCAGCCAUUUCAAAUACACUCCCAGAAACUUGUGGUUGACAAAGCGUUGCAGUUCUACCUCAACAACAAGCGAGGGCCGUGCCUCAUCGCGCAGAUCGUGAAAGAUGUCAGUUGCAUGAUGAUUUUUGAGUACCUUGUUUGGUAUAUAGCAAGCCAGGCUCACCCGAGCAUAGAUGGGGAAACCGUGUCCGACAGUAGUACUACUCAGCGUAUCAGCCAUGCUCCAAAGAAGAAGAAGAAGAAGAAGAAGAAGGCGCCACCAAACAUUGACACCUCCGGGAGUGCCCAAUUGGAUGCCCGAAAAGUAUUCAUGCGUUGCUCGCACGAGGGGCCGUGUUACAACAAUUCCGCUUGCGCCUGUUCGAAGAGCAAAAUUCAUUGUGAGCGGUUCUGCGGAUGCGACGAGUCUUGCAAGCGACGCUUCCGAGGCUGUACAUGUACCAUGCGAGGAAACAAAAACUGCUACAAAGAUACCCGGUGUGAAUGCUGGGCCAGUAACCGCGAAUGUGAUCCAUUCCUCUGCGGCAAAUGUGGCGUCCUGGAAGUCCUGGAUUCCAAUAACAAGUACAAUGAUGAGAUCAGGAAGGGACGCUGCAGAAAUAAUCGCAUCCAGCUCGCUCUGCCUGCGCCCACUACCAAAGCGCCCAGCCAAGUGCAAGGCUAUGGCCUCUACAGCAGGGCGGCCAUCCCUGCUGGGGAGUUUAUUGGUGAAUAUACUGGCGAGAUCAUCAACAUCGGCGAAGGUGACAGGCGAGGGGCCAUGUACUCUGUGCUGAGGCAAGAAUAUCUUUUCAAAAUAAAUCUCACCCAGGAGAUCGACGCUUCCAAUUAUGGGAACAAAAUGAGGUUCAUGAACAACUCGCAGCUUGACAAACAUAUCAAUGUCGAACCGAAAAUGCUGUGGUGCAAUGGAGUGGUUCGGUUGGGACUGUUUGCCAGACGCCCCAUCGAGCCGGGCGAGGAACUUCUAUACAACUACAAUUACCCAGAAUCUGUCACCAAGCAUUUCUGGGAACCCGGCCAGAGACCAGCGAACCCUAGAAGAGCCAUCCCAUUGGCAUCUGAACGCAUUGUGAGGACGACCGAAGCGAAGACGAUAACAGUGGAACAGUUGAAUCACCGAAGCAGCGCGGAAAGGAGUCAAUCACCACUAUUGUCACGCCAUCCCAAACGCAAACGGCCUGUUGAAGACUCCCCUAGGAACUCGACCAAGUCUGUUGGAGCUGGAACCAGCUCAUCGGACGACACCAGGGAAGUAUCUGAAAUUUUAGAGACAGACGAUUCGGAAUACUCCAAUUACGUGGCCAGCGGCCAGGUAUCUGACGGUGGUGAAGAGGUUGAGGAGCCUUCAGAUGAAGCAUUGGAAUCUGACCCCAACCAGAAUCUGCCUACAAGGCGUAAGGGUUCUAGGACUUCUCGCCCAACGUCGUUGACGCGCCGGACAAGCUCGAAAACCAGGAAUACGAGGCAUGCUGCAGAGACAGAUAGUGAUAGGUCUCGAUCGCGACAGGGUAGCAGGACUUCAGAAACGUCAAGCAGACGACUGGGGGCUUCAGGAAGUGUCCAGAUGGUCAAGCGCAGGCGCAAAAUUGGGCCUCACGACAGAAGAUUCGGGGGAAGGUCGCAACAACUUGCAUGGCAGACAAGAAGGGCGAAAGAAAGUCUAGAGCAAGGUGCCACGAGCAACGACGACGAUGUGUGAAAAGGUGCGCUCAGGCCGAGGCUCAAGAUGCUAAGAUGUUGAAUGCUCGUUGGGGUGCAAGGUUGACGGGAGAUCGAACCCCUGAUCGUCAUGACAAUGAUGUGGGAAGAUUAACAAUACAAUUUAAGUUCAGCUACGGAUAAGCACGAGUACAGGGUCAAGAUUGAUAUCACUGUGUAGGAUAGUAUAGUAUCUAGGUCAUGCCUGCUC